GACAGCAAUCAUUCCGAUUCUAACGCUGCUGCCGAGAUGUCCGCUGGAAAAAUCCCGUACGUUAAGCACAACAACGGCACACAGAUCCAAGCAAUUGGACUGGGAACGUACACGUCGUUGGGAGGCGAUUGCGAGCGGGCUACGCUGCAUGCCAUAGAUGUGGGCUACAGGCACAUAGACACCGCCUUCUUCUACGAGAACGAGAAUGAGGUGGGUGCGGCCGUCAACAAGAAGAUAGCCGAGGGAGUCAUCAAGCGCGAGGACAUACACAUAACCACAAAACUGUGGUGCCACUUCCAUGAGCCGGAGAGGGUGGAGUAUGCUUGCCGCAAGACCCUGCAAAACUUUGGGCUGGAGUACGUGGACUUGUACCUGAUGCACUGGCCCUACUCCUACGUCUAUCGCGGCGACAGCGAAAUGAUGCCCACAGAUGCCAAGGGCGAGGUUGAACUGAACGACAUUGAUUAUGUGGACACCUGGCGCGCCAUGGAAAAGCUGGUCGAGCUGGGCCUCACCAAAAGCAUCGGCGUCUCCAAUUUCAAUUCCGAGCAAUUGACGCGCCUGCUUGCCAACUGCAAAAUCAAGCCAAUCCACAAUCAGAUCGAAUGCCAUCCCGCACUGAACCAGAAGAAGCUGAUUGCCCUGUGCAAGCAGCACGGCAUUGUGGUCACCGCCUACUGUCCGCUGGGCAGGCCCGAUCCGGCCAAGAAGACGCCCAACUACAUCUACGACGCCCAGGUGCAGGCCAUUGGAGACAAGUACAAGAAGUCCACGGCCCAGGUGGUGCUCCGCUAUCUGGUUGAAAUUGGAGCUGUGCCGCUGCCCAAGUCCUCCAACCCGAAGCGCAUUGAAGAGAACUUUAAGAUCUUCGAUUUCAAAUUGGAUGCCGCGGACCAUGCCGUCCUGGACACGUACAACACUGGAGAGCGUCUCAUUCCCAUGGAGCAUGCCAUCAAGAACAAGAAUUAUCCCUUCAACAUCGAGUUUUAAGCUGAAAAUCAUGAAUAUUGUUGAUAUUAAAAUGUUAAUUAAAGAUUGAUGUACUAACACAUA